UGUCCCGUUGCAAAUAUAGGGCUCUUUUGAUCAGUAAAAUGUGAAUUUAUUAAAAAGUUGAUCCCUUCCAAUUUCGUUGGAAGAAAGAAAAAAGAAAAUCCCUCAAUUUCAUUUCUUCGUUCCCAGCUACACAUAAAAAAGGCCCAUUACCCUCAGCCUGUGUCCCUGUAUCAUGGCUAAGUUCUAAUGACGCACCGGCGGUGUACUCUCAGGCGACUUUUCCGACCAAAUUCCCGAUAUGGAUCCUUGAUUUACAAUCUUCUAUUGCCGUUCUCUUCACACACGUGACAGAAACAAACUGAAAUAAGAAAGAAAAAAAAGAUGCUGGGAAUUUCAUAUGGGGAGCUAUUUCUCCUGCUUGGCGCUACUGCUUCUCUUAUUGGACCUAAAGAUCUGCCAAUCAUAGCAAGAACGGCAGGCAGAUUUGCUGGGCUCUAUGUUCAAUUGGCUCGUGGUCAAUUUGAAAGUGUCAUGCAGCAGUCUCAAGCUCGCCAGGUGCAUAAGGAACUGCAAGAUACCAUUGCUCAGCUGGAAGCCAUACGUCAUGAAAUUCGAAAAAUCUCGUUUAUGAAUCCUGGUCCAUUGACGUCGAGGCUAGUAGACAGCAUCAACACAACAGCUGCAAAUGGCACUGUUGAAAAUGGACCUCAAAAAUCUGAUGAAGAGAACACCAUAGUUAAAAAGGGACCUCAAAUAUCCGAGAAAGAGAGCAUUGUAGCAACUAUCACACCUGAGGAUCAUAGUUCAAGGAAAGCUUUGACUGAUAUGCACAGCCAAGCCGCUGCUUAUGCUAGAUUGGCUGAAACGACACCUUUGGAAGCCAUUUCUGUAGAUAAGGAAGGUCUGAGUGAACUGACUGAUGAAUCUGGCAGUAUUAUUGUGCUCCCUGUCUCAGCAGAGAGUGCAGGGUUGUUGCCAAAACGUAAAGAUGAAGCAAAGGGGUCUGACAUUGUGUUAGAAGCGAUAUUGGAGGCAGAAGUCGCAAAUAAUGCCAAAGAGUUUUUCUCACAGCCACAAAACCAAUUAAAAAGUGACUGAAGAGGUAAGAUGUACUUCCUUUGGUCCGCUUAUUGAUUACCUUUUAUUCUUGAAUCACGAGCACAUGCAUAUGGUUCAGUUUAUUUGUUGGGCUAAACAUGGCAGCCCUCAUAAUUUCACGGUAAUCAAAUUUUAUGUGCGCUAUCUCUUUGCAGUUAUGUGAAAAAUGAACUUAUAGCUAUGAUCUUUGAUAUGUAUAUGCUCUUAUUCCAGGUACAUUUAAAGAAGAUUUGCGCAUUAGAAGGCAGAGAUCAGCUUCAUGCCAAGUGAGCAUGUCAGCUGUGGAUGAAAGAUUCCGUGGAAAGAUGGAUAAUUUAACCCCAAUUCGAGUAUAUCUCUAACUGUGGUUUUUGAGUCUUGUACCUAGUCUGUUUAGAUAUCAUGGGCAUCUAAACAACAUAAGAUCCGCGUUGCCACCAGGCAUCAAAGUCAUAUUGUUUGACAUGAUAACAUAUACAAAUAAGAAAUGUCAGUGGACUUUGAUACUGGAGUUCUGCAUAUUUGUAAUGAUUUCUAAAUUUCGUUUUAAAAUGCGGCAAGGCCGUAGUAUACAGUUCCAAAUGUACUACUUUGCAAUAUAGUUGGCCGAAUACUGUUGAUCUA